AUGUCAGGUCCGCCAUUUACGGUCCGCUCGGUCUUCGAGUAUGCUUCAGGUCACGAUGAUGACCUCAAUUUCCCGAUCGGUCAAAUCAUGACCGUCACCGCCCUCGAGGACGAUGAUUGGUACUACGGUGAAUACUCAGACGCCCAGGGGGUCAAGCAGGAGGGCAUUUUCCCGAAAAACUUCGUUGAGAGAUACGAACCUCCGGCUCCUCCGAGGCCAUCUCGACCCAGAUCCAGAAAGGAGACUGAGCCGGUGCCAGUGGAGUCGCCCGUGGUCGAAAUCAAGCAACCUGAGCCUGAGCCCGAGCCAGUGGUGCAGCCGACAGAGGAAGAUUAUGAGAUUGCAUCCCCGCAGCCACCUCUGCCCCAGUCUCCUCCUCUACGUGCGAGUGCUCCUGUGGUAGAAGUUGUAUCGUCGCCCCCGAAGCCAACAAAAGCGCCAGCUCCCGCUCCCGUGGCGCCAGUUGAACCUGCUGCGAAAGCACUCUCUAAACCUGCACCGCCGGCUGUAGCAGGGAAGCCUUCGGGGUCGUCAUUCAGGGAUCGUAUUGCCGCAUUCAACAAACCCGCAGCAGCACCAGUCACGCCAUUCAAACCGGGUGGUUCCCAGCCAUUCUUCAUCAAGAAGCCUUUCGUCGCGCCGCCUCCUAGCCGGGACGCCUACAAGCCUCCACCAAGGGAACCUGCACCCAAGGUCUACAAAAGAGAAGAGGAUCCCGAUGUAAAGGAACAAAAUGCCCGCGAGCCUCCAGUUUCUGAAAGCCGGCUUGCUCCCAUUGAAGGCGGCGAAGAGGGAGCAGAGGACCAACCCAAGCCAACUAGCCUGAAAGAGCGAAUUGCUUUGCUCCAGAAGCAACAACUAGAGCAAGCUCAGCGUCAUGCAGAAGCUGCUCAGAAGAAGGAAAAACCCUCCCGCCCUCCUAAGAAGUCGAUGGAUGAACCCGUGGCCCCCGCAGUUCUCGACGAGGAACAAGAGUCUCCUCGCCCCGUGGAAGAGUUUUCAGCUGCUCGGGAUGCUAGUGUUGAUACAUUGAGGGCCGCGGCCCCUCUUCCACAGGCAGCUGUCCCAUUCUCGCCCACUCAAGAAAUCGCGAGCGACGCCAAUGACGCCGACUACUCUGCUGCUGCAGACUCCGAGGAUACAGGCGAAACAUCCACUAGUAAGGAUGAUGAGGACAAGCAGCCCCAGUCUCGUCCAGUCUCCCAACGUCAACAGUUGACUCGUGCACUCGAGCAAACUGCCGAGGCAGAUGUCGAAGACGAGAGCGAUGCAGAGGAAGAGGAGGAAUUGGAUCCCGAAACCAAGCGUAGAAUGGAAUUGCGUGAGCGAAUGGCCAAGAUGAGCGGCGGAAUGGGUAUGAUGGGUCUCUUUGGCCCGCCUUCUGGAGGUAUGCCAGGCAUGUCUGGUCUCGGCAGUGCUCGCAAGACCAAGACUUCCGGCGACUCAGAGAAGAGGCUUGGAGAGGUCGAGCAUGAGCCUACUUCCCCUGCCAAUGCGCCUCCAGUUCCUAUGAUCCCCCUUCCUGGAAUGAACGUGGCUAGCAAGCCAGCACCUUCUACUGAAGUGGAGAAGGAAGAGGAGGACCCUUCAGCAACUCCUCUCACGGAACAACACUCUGCAUGUGAGGUCCCAGACGUCGAGGAGGUCAUCCACGAAGGUCUACCGCCUCGUGCCUCCAUUGAUCAUCCAGCCCCGGCUCCCCCAUCUCAAGAUCGUUCGGCGCCUCCUCCGCCUCCUCGAGAGUCAAGACCCGUCCCGACUGUCCCAAGUGAGCCACCGGCUUCCCCUCCGCCAGUUCCUGCAGGCCGAUCGGCUCCAUCUCUAUCACGGCCCACAACUGCCGACAAGGGUGAAGAGUCAGAUGAUGAAUUGUCGGUGCACACAUCUGUUUUGUCGUUGAAUACCUCGGCAGCUCCACCGGCCGUGCCUGCACCUGCGAUACCUGCUCAGAUUGAUUCUCGCCGUUCCUCAACAUAUGACACCGUGGCCCCUACAUUUCCGACCCCUGCAGCUGAAAAGAGAGCUAGUCGUCUCCCACCCCCUAUUCCAGUCAAUCCGCCCAUGCCACCAUCAUCGCAGGGCCGCGCACCCCCUCCCCCGCCUCCCGAUCAGCUUCGUCGCGGAUCUACCGCCGAUAGUCGCACGACUACGCUGGCUGCUCCUCGACAGGCCGGAGAAGAAGUGGAAGGAGAGGUUACUGAAUAUGAUGGAGACUACGACACUGAUAUCGCAUCAGGAGAGAAACACAAGGAUGCUCUGAAAGCUCACGAGCGCGACUCCAGCUUUGACGAGGGUAUCAUCGCCGAAGACCAAUCCAUUCAGUCCCCGUAUAGUCCUCAGGAAUCCCGGCACCCACCACCUCCGCCCACCGCUCCCAGGGCAGUUCCGCCUCCACCCCCAAGCCAGCCGCCCCGGAAUGCCCGUGCGUCCAUUGACACACCUAGGGGGCCGCCGCCGCCUCCUCCGCCGAACAGAGAGCCAGCCAGCGAUGAUGAUGAUGAUGAUGAUGAUGAUGUGGAAUAUGACCCCUUCAACUACUCCGCUCCCCAGCAUGGUGUCCCCACAUCUCCGCCCCUCCCGCUCGGUCGCCCAGAAGCUCCUCCUUUCCCACCACCACAAGCGGCCAAUGAAUAUGACGACCUAUACGAUGCACCCCCUUUGCAGAGCCCGGUCAAAGAAAGACCCUCCGCCUUGAAUGAGAAGCGUCUUUCACUGGCGCAUGUGCCUCCCCAAAGCCAGUCUUCAGGUUUGCCAUCUCCAUCCGCCACUCGAACCCAGCGCGCAUCUAUGGAUAUUCUAAGAAACCAGCCUAACCUUCGUCGGUCUAUGGAUGUUUCUCGCCCCUCUAUUGACCAAGGCUACAUCGCCACUGAUGUUGAUUUCGCCACCUAUUCCCUCUGGUGGACUAAACCCAAUACCCCACCUCCAGCUUUCCAGAACCGUACCGAUCUGCUUUUCGAGGUCGAGGAGACUGCGUCCACAAACCGCAGCGGCAAAACGACAGUUUCGAAGGACGUCUAUAUCCUGUUUAUCGAUUACUCCCAGACAGUUCUGAACGUCCAGUUCGAUCCCAAGAGCCCCACAGAGGCUUCUUUCGAGCAGCGCCAUGAACCCCCGCCGCCCCCGCUUCGCCAGGACCAGCUCGAGCAGGCUCAUAUUCAGCUUGGAACCCGAAUUUCGGAAGCUGUCAAUUCAGUUCAAAACUCUACCGUUGGAGACGGCACCCCGUUCGGCCUGGUUCAGUACUUGCUCAAUCCUCUUUCCGACGCACUGCUCCCCGUGGGGACCCGUGGAUACGGUGCCUCGGUUUAUUCCAACCUGGCCAAUGCCUCUGUGUUCCAGAACGAUGAAAUCCGCGCCGGUGAUAUCGUCAGUUUCCGCAAUGCCCGAUUCCAGGGCCACCGCGGCACUAUGCACCAGAAGUAUAGUGCCGAUGUUGGAAAGCCCGACCACGUCGGCAUUGUUGUCGAUUGGGACGGCACGAAGAAAAAGAUCCGAGCCUGGGAGCAAGGCCGCGAAAGCAAGAAGGUCAAGAUGGAGAGCUUCAAGCUAAACGACCUCCGUAGUGGUGAAUGCAAGGUCUGGCGAGUGAUGCCCCGUAGCUGGGUGGGCUGGGAAGCCAGUAAGUAA